AUGGGGUCCUCGGUCGGAGACUUGCCACACGAUCCGAGGUCGGAAACCGCAGAUCAGCCCAUACAGCCCGCUCCGAGGACCCGCCCAGCACCUCGGGGAACUGCUUCAUACCAGCGAAAACGCGCUGUCAAGGCAUGUCAGGUCUGUCGCGCUCGACGAACCAAGUGCGAUAAUCUUAAGCCGUCCUGUUCGUUCUGCCUGAAAGUUGGGGCAAAAUGCAUCCAGUCUCCGGUGGACCUGUCAAGCUUCGACCCAGCAAGUCUCAAAAUUCUGGAGAGACUGGACGACUUGGAGGAGCUCAUGCGGUCUGUAUCUGUCCAAAAUACUGAGUUGCCCCACAAGAUUCGGGCCGUCGACACCUCGCAACCAAGCAUCAGGCCAUCCGAAGCAACAAACUCGUUACGUGAUGUCAACGAGCAACAAGCAACAGCGUUGCCAUUGAGCAUAGACACGAUCAUACCCCCACCACCCGGUCGUAUCAUCUCGAUGGAGCUUUUCAGCCGCAAGCUCAGCCCGGAACAAGAGCAUUAUAGUCUUCUACAUCCGGACCAGACAGUUGUCUCCGCGAUAUCUCCAGCCUCCACAAUAGGUAUCCUGGACAUGGAGCCUAGGCGGGUGAACGACCUUCUCGACAGCUUUUUCAGUUUUGUCCACGUCAAGAACCCCAUUCUGGACGAGACCUCCACGCGACAUAUGGUGCUCUCAACCAUAAUGAACGGAGUAGACUGGUCACCCGAGUCCUGCCUUGCCCUUCUCGUCUGCGCCCUGGGGUCUCUAUCCACCUCCUUCGGACCAAGUCAUGAUGCAAUGCCGGGAACCAUUGCCUACAAUAACGCCAUGGCUUUCUUCCAGGCAGCACAAAAGCGCCUUGGCCUUCUCAUUUCGUCAGACGAGUUGAUAGGGCCGCAAUGCCUCUUUCUCGCGGGCGUAUUUAUGAUGUGUGUUUUCCAGCCACUGAAGGCAUGGCGUUAUUUCCUUCAAGCCCUUGCUGGCUGCCAGCAGCUUCCAUUUCUUGCACAAGAGAAUCAGGAGAAAUAUCACGGCAUCUCAGACGGAAGUCAUCCUCAGGAUCACGCCAUUGACACCCUUCAGCAGGCCGUCUACUGGUCGGCCUGGAAGUCGGAAAGGGAGGUCCGCAGUACCAAUUACAUGCCCGACUUCGUCAACGAUAUGAGCACCAACAUUUACCCGCCAUUCUUCCCCACACCGCCAGCACCAAGGACGGAGCUUGACACAUCGGCUGACCCCCGCCGUGAGCGCGAGCAAAUUUCGUGGUAUUUUUACCUUGCCGAAAUAUCUCUCCGAAGACUCACUGCUCGCAUGAGCGCCGGCAUGAUGGAACUGCAGGCCCAGCACGAGGAUCAGCAAUCAUUCCUUGCAGCUAUGGCAGCUGUUGUACCGGAACACGAGGCGCAAGUCAACUCGUGGAUCUCCUCCCUGCCUCCGAACCUGUCCUUCGAGGCGCCCCCUGAAGAAGACGACGUCUGUCGUUUUGUGCUGCGGGGCCACGCUAUCAAUUUGUUUGAACUCAUUUACUGGCCUUUCAUUUCCGCAUACCUGACAUGUGAAGACUUGAGCCGCAGCUUUGCGUCCACUUCAUCUAACAUCGCCCACUACGCUGAACGAUCCCUCCAUUAUCAUCUCGUGCGAUUGAAGCUGAACAAGCCUGGGUAUAGACACAGACACCACGGCACAAACCCGAUGAUGCAGACCUGUUCACGCAGCGCUCUGGUCCUGCUGGGCGCUUCCAUCAAGUGUGAGACAACGAGGGCGCAAGGCACCGAUCGCGGAGGUACGACUGUGACGCUGCCACAGGGCUGGCAGGAGGGGAUCGACGACAUUGUCGACCUCCUUGACUACUGGGGCAAUGAGACGAGGGACUUCGGCAAGAUCCGAACGGUACUGGACCAAGGCCGCAUGCCUGCUAACGGCUCGGCCUCCUGGACUUAUGCUCCGCAGACAUACAUGUAG